AUUUUAUUUCCUAUUUAGAAGUUUUAAAUUAAUUUUUUUAUAUAGUAUUGUUAAAUUUUUAAAUAAUUUAAUUAAUACUCAAAUACAGGCAAAUCACCAAAAACAAAAAAAAAAAAAACCACUUUAAUAAUUCCAUCAAUACACUACACACAAAUAAAUAAUAGUUCAAUUAUAACAUUAUUUAUUUACAUUUCAAUCACUCACCUCAACAGUUUAGUAAAAUAAUUUAAUAACUACUUUUAUAUUCAAAAAAAAAAGUUUUUAUUAUUUUAUUUUUUUUAAUAAGCACCAACUUUAUUCACAUAUUUAAAUUAUAAAUCACAUUUUCACAAUCUUUUUGCAUUUAGCAAGUAUAAUGGCCUUUGAAAACCAAAAAGAAUUAGAAUUACUUAACAACAACAAUAAUAAAUUUAAUAAUUGCGUUUCAAAAUCAUUAUCAUUUAAUCAACAAGAAGAAUUUAUUUGGCAAGAAAAAUCAGACUCUAGAAUUUUUGAUAGUAUUCAUAAUCAUCAACCAAAACCAGAACAAACCGUUUAUAAACCACCACAAUUUCAAUCACCAAGAUGUUGCUCACACCAUCACAAUUUCAUGAUGGAUUUCAUGGGUCACCAGACAAAUGCUUAUCUUUGUCAUUAGAAAAUAAUCAUAUCAGUUGUCGUGCUAAUUUAUUUAAUGGCAAUAAUCAAUUAAAUAGUAGUGGCAACAGUAGUAGUAGCAGUAAUUCAAAUAAAAAACAACAACAAGAAAAACAACAACAACAACAAAAUAACACUAAUACUACUACAGGUUUUAUUAAAUAUUCACCAACCAACAGUUUAAAUAAUUCAUUUUCAUCAGAAUCACCUUCAGAAUCAUCCAGCGACGAAGAUAAUGUCAAUUAUGAGGAUGAUGACGAUGAUGAUGAUGAAAAUGAUGAUCAACAUUAUUCAUAUUCAGAAGGUGAAGGUUUUUCAGACAACGAAUCAUCAGAUGACAAAGAUAGAUACAACGAUUAUUUUUCAAAACAAUAUUUAAAGAAAUCCUAUCAUUCUGAAGAAGAAGAUGUAGCCGACGAUGAUUCCUCUGAUUUCCAAGAUGAAGACGCCCCAACAUCUGAGGAAGAACAGGAUAUACUUUCCGACGAUGAAUCAUCCGAUAAAUCAUCGGCUGAAGAAGAGUCUGAUUCCGAUUCCGAUUCUGAAUCUCUAGUUGAUGAAUCCGAAGAAGAAAUUAAAAAGAGAUAUCAAAAAGAAUGGAUGCUUGACAACAGUAACCUUUCAUUAAAGAAAAGUGUUUCAACCCUUUUUGCAUCAUCAUCUUACGACAGCGAAAGUGAAGAGGAUUUCGACAGUAGCAGUGGCCAAGAAGGUUCAUCCUCUGAUAAAGAUAUAGAAUCAUACUUUGAUGACAGCUUCUUACCAGGUUCUUAUUCAAUUAAUAUCACUCCACCAAGAAAAGAAAAUAAUAAUUGUAUGGUCUCAAAUGGUGCUGGUGUUGCCACAUCUUCAGAAGAUGACGAUGAAUUCUAUAAUUAUAGACAUACUAGAAAUUUCGAUUAUGACAGCGAUGAUGAAUUUAUCGAUAAAGAAAAGAUUCAAAGAGAAAAAGAGCAAGAUAAUAAUGUAUUAAUUGCUAUUAGAAAGUCAGUCAAUGGUACAAGUGCUAAAGAAAUUAAAAUUCCAUAUUGGUAUGGUUAUGAAGAUGAAAAACAUAUUCAAGUAAUUUUCGAAAAAUAUAUUCAAUUCCUUCAAAUCGAUCAAGAGGCCAAAUAUACAUUGCGUGGUCCAAAGCCAUUUAUUGGUCGUAUUCAUCGUAGAGCUAUUCAAUAUGAGGGUGAAACAUGUUUUACCACUUUAGAUACUGUAAAAGUGUAUCGUUAUGAAAUUCAACCACUUGGUAGACCAUUAAACAUUUAUAAAUCAUUUGUUCUUCUCACUUGUUGGGAUGAUGAAAAUGGUUUACCAACUAAACUAAGAAAAGCAAACUCAUUAUCAAACAAAGAUUUUUGGGCCAACGAAGCAAAGUCACUCAAAUCUCAAAGUAACCGUGAUAGUAAAAUUUCAUCUUUUCUUUAUUGCUCUCCAAUCUUUGAUACCGAUUACUCUUUUAGUCACUCUGUAGAUAAUGAAAAAUACCCGGUAGACUUUUUACCAAAUACUCAAACUAUUACCAGUAGCAGAAAUAAUAAUCAAAAUACUAAAAACUUUUUAAACAUUGGUAGUGGUAUCUCAAGAUUAUCAGAAUCACAUCCUCUUUUACCAAAUUUAUCAAGAGGUUGCAUCGUUCCGCAAAGAAGAUCAAGUCAUCCAUCUUUAUUACUAUCUUCUCAUAUUUAUUCUCAUACUUUAAUACCACAAAAUGGUUUUAAAGAUAAAACAUCAAAUGAUUAUAGUUAAUCAUAAAAAUAAUAAUAAUAAUAUAUACAACCUAUAAUCCAAAAUUAGUUUUUUGUACUUUAAAUAAUAACAUCAAUCAUCAAUAUUUAAUUUUUUUAAUCACCAAUUCAUAUAAAAAUGCGUUUUUAAAAUUUUUUCUUUUAACCUGUAAAUAAAACAUAUAUAACUUUUUUUAAUUUUAAAAAUGGUGCUUCCAUUUCCUCAUUUUAACU